AUGCGCAAGCGGGGGAAUGAAGCACGAAAGAAUAAACACGUCGGUGAACGGGAGGCCAAGGCUCUUGAUGAAGGUGAUCUUGAUGAUUUAUUAGCGGAAAAAGAGGCUCCGUUUCUUUUGAUCUUAGACUGUGUGAAAGAUCCAAACAAUCUGGGUGCGAUCUUGCGAACGGCGGAUGGCGCGGGAGUGGAUGCGGUGAUCGCACCGAAGGAUAAAUCGGUAGGGAUCACGGAUACGGUGCGGCGUGUUUCCGUUGGCGGAGCUGAUAGUGUGCCUUUUGUUAAGGUGACGAAUUUAGCAAGGACGAUGAGGAAUUUGAAGGAACGCGGUCUUUGGUUAGUGGGGACAUCUGAUCAGGGAGAGCGAUCACUUUAUGAGACGGACUUGAGAGGGCCUUUGGCUAUUGUGAUGGGAGCGGAGGGAGAGGGGAUUCGGCGGCUGACUUCGGAUGAGUGUGAUUUUCUGGUGAAGUUUCCGAUGAAGGGGAAAGUCGAUUGUUUAAAUGUGAGCGUGGCGACGGGGAUUUGCCUCUACGAAGCGCUUCGCCAGAGGGGAGAAGGCGGGCGAUAA